AUGCGCACUGGUCAUCGACGUCCGCUAGAGCUCAAAGACAUCUGGCUGGUGAAUCCGGAUCGCGAAGUCGGUGUGAUGGCGGAGAGGUUUCACGGUCACAUGAGCCGCAAUAUUGACCAAGCUGUCAAGAACCCUUUGCUCCGGGCCAUCCACGCAACUUUCAUGAAGGAGUUCUGGAUAGGAGGGAUAUGGCUCCUUGUUGCAUCGGUCUGUCAGACCAUGUCCCCUUUCACUCUGCGWUAUCUCAUAGAAUUCGCGCAAGACGCAUACGUCGCCAGUAUCGUCCAAAAACAGACGUCCGUCUCACCGGAUUCUCCUCACGGCCCAGCCAUUGGACGUGGUCUUGGACUGGUAUUCACCAUCACGAUUCUGCAGAUCAUAUCAAGUGUGGGUGUCAACCAGUUCAUGUACAAUGGCUUCAUCGUUGGCGGUCAGGCUCGCGGAGUGCUUGUCAUGGCUAUUUUUGAGAAGUCUUUGCGGAUUUCGAGCAGGGCGAAAGCCGGUGGUCAUGCAACGGCGACUGGAUCUUCCGAUCCUGAGAAGACUGGAGAGCCGGAUGCGGCCGAAAGAAGGGAGCACGCAGAAAAACUCUUCCGCGAGAGCGACAUCUCGACCACAGGAAAACUUCCUCCCCACAGCGAGCAGCAGUCGCGAGACGGGAAGAAGCGAGUUGACGCCAGCCCCGACGAUGAUCAGGCCUGGUCGAAUGCACGGAUCAUGAACUUGAUGGCGAACGACUCUUCUAGGAUCGACCAAGCAUGCGGCAUGUGCCAUCUGAUCUGGACAUCCCCAAUUGCAAUCUUGCUCUCACUCGCCAUAUUGCUUUCGAACCUGAAAUCUUCAGCGUUGGCGGGUUUCGGCCUCAUGGUAGUCUGUCUUCCACCUUUGGUGAUGGUCAUGAAAGCCGUCGAAACUCGCAGAAAAGCCAUCAAUCGCGUCACGGAUAGUCGCAUGUCACUGACGCAAGAAAUACUGAACUCCAUCCGUUUUGUCAAAUUCUGUGCUUGGGAGCGGGCGUUUUUGCAGGACUUGAUGAGCAUUCGGCAACGCGAGACAUCCCUGACGCAGGGCAUGCUAACGAUGCGGAACGGCCUCACUGCCUUCUCUUACUCGCUGCCUGUGUUCGCCGCAAUGCUAUCAUUCAUUACUUAUUCCCUGUCAGGACAUGAACUGACAUCAGCGCGUGUAUUCUCGUCGCUUGCAUUGUUCAACGCUCUACGUUUACCAUUCAACAUCCUUCCCAUGGUCAUUGGCCAAGUGAUUGAUGCCUGGGCUUCCAUGACUCGGAUACAGGACUUCCUGAUGGCCGAGGAGCACCAGAGAAUGAUCGUUACCGAAAGCCAACUACCUCACGCCAUCGAUGUGCGCGCAGCUGGGUUUGUGUGGGAGCACAACGCGUCGGCCAGCGGACAUGCGGAAGAAUCUGUGAAUCUACCAGCAGCUGAUGCCGCAGGAGGAGAACCAUUCUCUAUUCAGGACAUGAACUUUACCAUCAAUCGUACGGAGCUGGUCGCUAUCAUAGGGCCAGUGGGAUCCGGUAAGAGCUCUCUACUCUCUGGAAUGACAGGCGAUAUGCGGAUGAUCAGCGGCGAGGUCCAUCUUGGUGGCUCCCGCGCAUUCUGUCCACAGCACGCUUGGAUUCAAAACGCUACACUGCAGGAGAACAUCUUGUUUGGAAAGACAAUGGACGAAGCGUGGUACGGCCAAGUCGUACAUGCAUGUGCAUUACAGCCAGACUUUGACAUUCUACCUGCUGGCGACAAGACCGAGAUUGGAGAGCGCGGCAUCRAUCUGAGUGGCGGCCAGAAACAGAGGGUCAAUCUCGCAAGGGCGAUAUACUCCGACCGCGAGAUCAUCUUAAUGGACGAUCCUCUCUCAGCAGUCGAUGCCCAUGUUGGCCGCCACAUCUUUGAGGAAGCAAUCUGUGGCCUUUUGAAAGACCGCUGCAGGGUCCUGGCGACACAUCAGCUUCACUACCUAGAGCGUUGUGAUCGUGUCAUUUGGAUUGAUCAGGGUCGCGUCAAAGCAACUGGAACCUUCAAGGAUCUUUUCGAUAAUCACGACAGCUUUAGGGAGCUUCUAACCUACGUGACACAGAGUGGAAAGACCAACGACGAACACGUCAAACCGUCCUGCACGAAGCACGCUGCCGCAGAGGAAUCCAUCAGCGUCGUACAGUUGAUGCAAGACGAAGAGCACGCCGCGAGUAGUGUCCCGUGGUCCCUAUACGGGGACUACAUGCGCGCUUCGGGGGUGUCUCAUCGAUUCGACAUAACUCGUGGGGAGUAUGUCGCCACCUACGUCGGUCUUGCCUUUCUUCAAUUGCUGUUUACUUUCGCCUUCCCUUGGUCGCYCUCCAUUCUAGGAACCCGGUCAAGCCGAACACUAUUCGACAACGCAAUGAAAAAGAUCCUGGGAGCGCCCACCGUGUUCUUCGACACGACGCCGCUGGGCCGCAUCACGAACCGCUUUUCCAACGACGUUGAGGUAUUGGACAACAACAUUUCCGWCGCCCUGAGGCAGUACAUGUUCAACCUGUCCAUGAUAGUCAGUGUUUGUACACUUUUUAUCGUCUUCUUCCACUGGGCUGGCAUAGCUCUUCUUCCUGGGCUGCUGAUGUUCCUCUACGUCACCGCCUAUUACAGAUCGUCCGCGAGGGAGAUCAAACGCUAUGAAGCAAAUCUCAGAUCGACAAUGUUUGCUCGCUUUAGUGAGGCUAUCACUGGCAUCCCUAGCAUUCGUGCCUACGAACUUCAAGGACAUUUCACUAGUGCCCUUCGAGGUACCAUCAACGACUUCAACUCUGCAUACUAUCUAACAUUUGCCGAUGAGRGAUGGCUCAACAUGAGACUGGAUAUUGUUUCAAAUUUACUGGUGAUGGUAGCUGGCAUCUCAAUGGUCGCGCUGCGAACCACCAUCAACCCUAGCGUCUCUGGACUGGUGUUUUCAUACAUGCUCGCCAUUGUGCAAAUGGUCCAGUUCCUGGUCAGACAAAUGGUAGAAGUCGAGAAUUCGAUGAACUCCACGGAACGCCUCCACUACUAUGGCACGAACCUCGCACAGGAGCCAUUAAACGACGACGAGACAUCUUUGGAGUCUUCGUGGCCCGUACAUGGUCAAAUCACCUUCGCCAAUGUGCAAAUGAGAUACCGCGACAAUCUACCCCUCGUGUUAAAAGACCUCGACAUGUCAAUAGCCGGAGGGGAGCGCGUAGCCAUUAUUGGCCGCACAGGCGCAGGCAAGUCCUCGAUCGCCAAUGUCCUCUUCCGCCUAACAGAGCUCUCAAGCGGAAGCAUCACCAUUGACGGCAUCGAUAUUUCCACUCUAGCCCUCCACGACCUCCGCUCUCGGUUCUCCAUCGUCCCGCAAGACCCAGCACUAUUCCAGGGAACAGUACGAAGUAACCUAGAUCCUUUCAAUGAGUAUUCCGACCUCAAGCUAUGGUCUGCUUUAAGACAGGUCCAUCUCCUUGCAGACACAGAGGAUGCCAAUGGUAUUUCCCGCACUUUCGGCGUACAUCUCGAUUCGAGUGUAGAGGAAGACGGUCUCAAUUUCUCUCUCGGUCAGAGACAAUUGCUGGCUUUGGCACGUGUACUCGUCCGCGACAGCAGGAUUGUUAUUUGCGACGAGGCGACUUCUUCUAUUGAUUUGGAAAUGGAUGAACGCAUCCAGGAGACUAUUCGAUCGAGUCUGCAAGGUCGGACGCUGUUGUGUAUUGCGCAUCGAUUGAAGACCGUGGUUAAUUAUGAUAGAGUGUGUGCUAUGGAUGCUGGGCAAGUUGCGGAAAUGGGUACGCCGGUGGAGUUGUGGAGGAGAGGCGGCAUGUUCAGAGAGAUGUGCGAGCAAAGUGGUAUUGUCUAUGGAGAUCUGUGA